AUGUCGAUGUCUGCACAUGUCAAGGUGGGAGAAACCACACGCCCAACCCCUAAUCAGGGUGCAACCGGCAACCCACCGCCUGAUACCUACAAUGUAAGCCUUGAGGAGGAUCUUCUCAAUGCUCUCCAAAGCAUCAAGACAUCCGGUUCAUUCGCGGGAUUUGGAGCACUGUCUCGACCACCACCAGCCGACUUGUCCGUCAAUGAAGUGGGCGGCAUUACAAUGCCAUUGACGGACUCCCAAGCCGCUCAAUUGAUCAAAAAGGCUCGUCAGGCACCCUACGGCAAAGGAAGCGAUACCAUUGCCGACACCUCCGUCCGCAAUACUUGGGAGAUAGAUGGAGAUCAGCUCACCUUCCGGAGUCCAGCAUGGCCUGGCUUCCUCAAGGCUCUAUGUGCUCAAGUCGCUCAAGAUCUAGGCAUCAAAAUCCCCAUCAAUGCCGAGAUUACCGAGAAGAUUCCCGGCAUGUUUGGCACGCUGAUUGUGUGUCUGCCAUCAGUACACCAAGGCGGCGAGGUUGUUCUCAAACAUUGUGGCCAGAAAAAAGUCUUUAAGACAUCUGCAGCAACCCAAUCUUACGCUUACUGGUACUCCGACGUAACCCAUGAAGUGCUCCCCGUCACGUCGGGCUACCGUUGGGUUUUAACCUACAAUCUUGCCAUUGAUCUGAAGGUGGCUCGUCCGUCAGCAGAACUACAACGAUCUACAACGCAGGCUCUUCGAGAUACUCUAAGACGGUGGCUGGCCAAAGAGCCAAGGUCGCGAGACAAACUGCCUGUACAGACCCUGAAGGAUCUAUCUAAAGAACUUCCAGUCGACAUUUUUCUCGCGCUGCUGGAAAAAGAGGAGAUGGGAAGCUGCGAGUAUGAAAUCUGGCGAAGGGAGGAUUAUCGAUAUGACGAUUCUGGCGGCGACGACACCGACACUAGCUUCCACGAGCUUAAUGACGUUUUUGGACUCGAUUAUAGAGUGAAAACCCUCGUCGAUUUGAAGGGUCGGGUUGUGACGGAAAGGCUGCCCCUCAAGCAAAAGGACAUCCUCGAACCUGACUGCUUCGAUGACAUCCGAGAGGAAGAGUCGGACGAGGGGUACAUGGGGAACUCGGGCCCAACGGCCACACACUGGUAUCGAGUAACGGCUGUAGUCAUCGUUCCUCGUGACUCAUUAUUGCCGUUUUUCAAUUCCGGCGGACUCCCGAAUCGUUUGGCACCACAGUCUGCCAAGUCACAGAUCCGUUAUGCAGUUCGAUCAUGUUUAGAUUUUUCACACAUGCACGCUUCAGAAACAACUACCAAUACCCUAAUGGCAAUCUGCAGGCAAAUUUGGAAUAGUCCGCACAAUGAGACCCACAACAUAUCAUUGGAUGAAGACAUCAUCUGCGAUAUCCUUAAGACUGCCAUCAACAAGGGACAGUUUUCAUUUCUCAAAGAGGCUGCCGCCCAUCACGGCGGCUGGUUGCCGAAGAGGUUCUUCGCCUGGGCCCGGCGUUGGUUGAGAACCGGCGAGAAUGACGCCGUUACACGAUUCAAUACCAUUCAACGAGGAUUACGCAUUGCCAUUUCUUUAUUUCCCUUCUUCGCCGACCAGUUUAAGGCACUCACAAGCUUUGUCCCAAUCCCGAAUGAUGAUGUCGCACCUGACGAUGCGGCAACUCCCCUUUACAUUACCGAUUGGGCCUGUGAAACCCUUCGCUCGUGCCUCGAUUCUUCCACGGCAAGCACCUUGGGCCAUGAAGAUGGUCCUGCCAUGGUGAACCUCGUCCAGUAUUACGACAAUCCUAUCACCUUUCUCUCACAAGAAGUUGUACCCAGACUUGCCAACAAGCGUGACAUGGCGGCGUUUUACCUCGCAUUCCUGGCCAGGUUGCGAGAGCAAAGCACCGCUGGUCUCCUACUAGCAGAGUCGUCCAUGGAUCUUUACAGGGCCGAGGCAAAAUCUUUCAUCUUCGCCAUGAAGUUCAAGCGGAUGUGCCGAAAAAUUGAGCCACCAGCGAACGCAACCAGGAUGACUUUCGCCCACACGAAAUCACCAGCCGUUGAUCCUCGAACCUCGGUCAGCCAUGAGCCAGUGGCCAGCUUCUUCUCCGACAUCAUUCAAGCAAGCACGGAAACAGACGACCUCACAGCUCUGUUCGCCUCCAAGCUCCGCGGGAAUGCUUUUCUGCUCCCAUCCCCAGAUCUGCACAAUAUAUGGGUACCGUUUUUGCGCUCUGUUGUUCCCAUCCUCGUCCUCAACAGCAUACCCCUUGAGACGCCAUGUUGUCAGGACAUGUAUCUAGCAGUCUUAAAGGAAUAUGUCAACAGAUACGUAGGCCGUGAGCCUUCGCGAGCCAAAGACUUCGCCCGGCGCGGCGUGAAUUGCACAUGCUCCGACUGCCGGAGCCUCAACGCCUUUCUGGGUGAUGCAGCAAGAACACAUGAGACGAUGAGGGCGGGAAACCCUCAUACGUUGGUGGUCACCAAGAUGUUCAAGCAGAUUGGGUCGAUGUGUCGCGACUGGGAGUUGCGGCGAAAGAAAGCGCGCGAGCAGUUUGAUCUGUUUGACAAGAACCAACUGUUGUCGCUGCUGGGUGCGGAUUAUGCGAAGGUUGUUGACAUGGCUGACCUUUCUGCUGAGCAGCCGGCACAGGUAUCAACGUCGGCGACAAGACAACGCCAACCCUCUGAGGAAGCGGAUUCUGCGGCGCAGGAAUUACCCCGGCCGCGUGUAGCUGGUGUAAAGAGGAAGCUGUUCUUUCCGGAGAAUGAGGUUGUCGAUUUGACGGACGACUAG